AUGUCAGCAGCAUUGUGGGAGAGACUUGCAGAGCUGAGUCCUCAGAUCGAGGCCAUUCUCGAGACUAGCGGCUCUCCCGGCCUGUCCUUGGGAGUCUUACAUCAAGGUGGAAUAGUACACACAGCACACUUCGGGCGUCGAGACAUCGACACUGACGAAGCUCCAAAUGAUGACACUGUAUACCAUGUCGCAUCACUUACAAAAGCCAUUACUGCGAGCACUGUUGCAUCUCUGGUCGAUAGCGGCACUCUAGAUUGGGACUUACCAGUAAGGCACUACGUGCCAGAAUUUGGCCAACGAGAUGACGAACUGGGCCGUCAUGGUACCUUGAAAGACCUAUUGUCUAACAGAACAGGUCUUGCAUUGUCGAAUGCAUUAUGGGGGCAAAAAGAAGGCGAGUUUUUGCUACCAAGGAGCGAGAUCAUUCCGACCAUAUGUCAAAUGGGAACGAUGAAGCCUCUGCGUGACUCUUUCGUAUAUUCACAAUGGAACUAUGCCCUGGUCACCGAAAUCGUUGAAAAGGUUACGGGUAAGUCCUUUGGGCGGUGUGUCAAAGACAGGAUAUUGGAUCCUUUAGGUAUGGAUAGAACUACCUUCAAUCCCGAGGAGGGUGACAACGUGGCGCUUCCGUAUGCGCUACUCGAUAAUGCAACACCUCAUCGCAUAGCUCUCACAAACUUGUCGGAUGAGACGGGCUUAGCUGGGACAGUUGCAGCCAGAAGCAGUAUCAGAAAUCUCCUGUCGUUCUACCGGGCAUUGUUGGCCGCGUACUCGCAGGGAGAUUGUGAAUCCACAAAACUCAACCCUUUGAAACAGGCGAGAGCUAUUUUCACACCUCAUAUCGCGAUAGGUGGCUCUGACAUAGAGAAUAAAGCCUACUGUCUUGGGUUGUAUCGGACAAAGUUGCCAAACAACAUAGGCUAUUCCAGUAUGAACAACAUCCUAAUAGGGCCGAAGAAAAUGCCUGUUGCUCAAUCAACAUCGCCGGGCCUGCAGGUGUACCACCACACAGGCAAUGUCCCUGGAUUUGUGGCAUCUGCUUUCUUAGUACCAUCUUCUCAAAGUGCUAUCGUUGUCCUCACCAACGCCCUACCAUUGAUGGACCCAACAGACUUUGUGGGCCAGCUUGUCCUGUCGAGGCUUCUGGGGCAAAAGCCGCCAUCGAACUUACUAGAGCUCAGCAAGCUUGGUCGUUCUGCUAGUAUCCUCUCGUAUGGCGCGCUCAACAAACAGCUCCAGAAACAUAAGACUACAAAGCUUCCUACUUUUCCGCUGGACACCUACGAAGGGCACUAUUUCAAUGUCGCCGGCAAUUUCAAGCUCGUCAUCCGAAGACAGAGCCAAAGUCUCAUCAUGAAUGUUCAAGAUCUUCCUCUUACCAAGUAUGAGCUGCUGCCAUAUGAUGGUGACACCUUUUACUGGCCCGCGAACCGUGACGUGGAAGUCAAGCAGUGCAUGUGGCCACUCCCAUUUGCUGGAUAUCACAAGAUCCAAUUUGCUGGGAUGACUUCUGGGUCCAUCGACCGAUUGAUCUGGCAGCAUGACCCUUUCGCAAAGCCUGAGGUCUUCAAGAAGAAGGCUUCCCAAGCGUCGAAACUUUGA